UUGCCAGGAACGCGGUACAGCUGCAAAAUUGUCCAGUUAUUUUUUGCAGACGCAAAAAAGAAAAUUAUACCUUUUGCAGCAAUAUUAUUAUUUUAUUUGAUCAACAAUCAACAUUUAAGGUAGCAGAAAUAAUCAUUACAGGAAACCAAACAAAUAGUCUGCGUAUGUAUCGAAAUAAUAGUUAAUAACAUUUACUCUUUUAAUUCUGGCUCACAUAGCGAGCAAAACAACUCUCGUCUUGGCAACCCAAUAGAAGUUCAGCAGAAGCAUCGGCCGAGCUUGACUGACGAGUUGCGGAAAGAUAGUCUAAGUUUCCCUUUGUGAUUUCUCAGUGAAAUAAAUUUAUUCCAACAUCAUGGGCAGAAAAGACAUGAUUGCUGUGGAUGGCAGUGACCAGGCCCAAUAUGCGUUUGACUGGUAUUUGGAAAAUAUGUACCGUGAGGGAGACACUGUAGUCCUCAUUCACUGUGCUGAAUACAAUAUUGAUAUUGGGCUGCCUGGUGCUGCUGCGGACGUUAAUGCCAUCUGCGCUCAAGUCAAGAAGAGGCACGAUGAGAUUGGCAAUCUGACAGACGGUUUCAUGAACGUUCUCAGAUCUAAGCAUGUGAAUUCCAAACUGGUGACUGUUCAAGGCGAGAAGCCAGGUGAGCUCAUUUGCAAAACGGCCAAAGAUGAAGGUGUGCAGUCCAUCAUCAUGGGAACCCGGGGUCUGGGAAAACUUCGCCGCACACUGCUAGGAAGUGUCAGCGAGUACGUCGUUCACCACGCGGCCUGCCCCGUCACCAUUGUGCGUCAGUGUCAAGACAGCUAGGCCUCGGUCUACUCAUGUGACAGAAAGCACUUACAACAACAAGAAUCUUCUCAGUACAAACGCAAUUGAUCUGGUAGCAGCCAAAUUAGGAGACGGAGAUGACUGGCAAUUGUUAUUUUUGAAUAUAUUUGGGUUGGUUUUGUUUUUUUUGUUGGUUUUUUCCCCCAACACUUUUAUCUCGUGGUGAUCGAAAUUUCAGCAAAAAUCACAUACAUUGAAGGCUUUCAUUGAUAUUUUAAAUUUGGGAUAUUGAAUUCACAGUAAACUGAAUAAUUUCUCAAACAUUAUUUUGUAACUGGUUAUAUAUCGUUAUUGAUUUUGCUCAACAAAUUUUGAUGAUUUAUUAGACUUAUGUUGAAAACUGAAUUCUUUUGCAUUUACUCCACAUCUUUUUUAAACUUAUUGAAUAGGUCAUUUUUCAACAUCUUUUACAAUUGUCCUCUGUGUAAAAGAAUAAAUUAUGCUAAAAGUUUAAGUCACGUAUUUAAAAUAUGUAUGUUGAAGUUGAAAAUGUAUUUUGUCUUUCCCUAGUUUCAUUUUUAAGAAAAAGAAUGUAUACGUACCUAUAUAUGUGGAUGGAUUUUUUUAUAAAUGCUAUUGACAUACAUACCAAGGCACAACACUUUUUGGCUGCAUGCCAGUAUCAGUCAGCCCAACCUUUUUUUAAGGGCCUCUCAUUUUUUGGGGGGGUUAUUUUUCAUCUCAUUUCAGUUGUAAUCAUCCUAUUAAUCAAGACAUAGUUGAUUUUUUUCUUCAUGGAUUUUGUUGUAUGUCAUAUACUCGUGUACUGUCGAAUGGGCAGUAUUAUAACAUAAGUGUCCCAAAAGCUUGUGUUGCUUUGUUUCCUAGUUGACCGGAUGCAAUUGUUUGAAAGUUUAAAGAUGUUGAUACUCAUACAAGUUCAGUCCUGGUGAUGAUUUUGUCUUUUGAUUCAUUUCACAUAAUGAAUCAGCAAUUGUGGCUCUAGUAUUAGGUUCACUCUCUCCAGCGUAAUGACUGGUUACCGCCAAGGUAGGAUUUUUUUUCAUUUUUAUACUCAAUUUGUGAAUGGAGAUAAUUAGAUUGCAUUAUGUCGCAUAAUGUAAAAGGUGGGUUUUUUGUGGGUUUUUUGGCUGCUUAGAAGUAUAGAAGUACUUUUAUUUCUGUCAUUUUUUGUGUUGUUUUUUUUAAAUAAUAUAUUUCUUUUUUUACUGCUUAGAAAUAUAAAAGUAAUUUUAUUUCUGUCAUAUCUUGUUACUAUUUACACUGCUGUUCCAACAUCUGACUCAGGUCUGCCUCUAUGUACUUUGUUUCAGAUCUAUCUGCCUUUUUUAUGUGUAUCUAUUUCAGACCACAGACUGUGUUCUCUCAGCUAAAGCCUUUUCUCUUCUUUUUUUUAUAUUUUAAGUUUCUUAGCUUACUGCAUACCUUUUCCUGUGUAGUUUGGUUUUUUUGUUACCUCUGAGAUCAUCUCGCUUCUAGCUCUAGCUUAGCACUUUUAUUGAGUUCUGCUCCUGACGAAUUUGUGUAGGACCACCCUCAAUUCUUUGCACAUUUCGUCGUCAGCUGUUGGUUGGCCCAUUUUUCAAAACUUGAUGAAGACAACAUUCCAGAUGAAAUCCUGACAAAAUAAUUUAUGUGCACAGUUUAUGCACGCCACGCACCAGUUGAAUCCCAAUAGGGGCCUUGUGAUCGUAUAGGAUUUCUACUUACUUAUCCACCUGUGAGUUGCUUUUAGAUCAGAUGUUCCCUCAGCUUCAGUGCUGCACUGGCUCACGAAAAUAAAGUUUGCCUGUGACUGCCUAGAUUAAAGACAAGUAGAGAUAAAGCCACUGAAUAGUCAGUGGUUUUUGUAUUGGGUUUUUUUCCUCUGUGAUAUUGUGAUAAAACCAAGUUGCUUUAUCAUCAGUUAAAUUUGAAUUGUCGUUCAUCAAAAUCAAAAGGUUGUGAUGUUUUCCCUUGUGAUUACUCAUUCUAGAAGCAGAUACAUGAAUGGGGGGCCUUAUACAGCUUCUGUUAGUGUCUUCAAGUAAACAUUUGUUCAUCGUAGCUUAAUCUGUAGUUGUCUGUGCAGAACCUCGCUAAUAUACUUAGCAUGAACCUAGGCUUGGUUGUCUCACUGCUCGCAUGCAUGCAUUUUACCCACAGGAACGUUUUUGUCCAUAACUUUUAUGUUCCACGCAUAAUCACGUAGUUAAUAAAGAAGAUGUACCUCUAUUCUUGACA